GCGUGUAUAAGCGUAAAGUUUUAAAUAAGGGUGGUGAGGUGAGCGUGUUCCCCCGUCUAUAGUGUUGGUCAUGACAACAUGGCGCUCGGCGGGGCAAGGUCUGCCCUCUCUGGGCUUUCCGACCUUCGCAAGGAGAAGGCUGAGGAGAAGGAGAACCUGUGGAAGAAGAUCCUAGGAGAGGUGCAGUCAAGCGAACGAAACAAACUACCAUCGUGCAAAUCUGUGCUGGUGUUGGGUGACAAUGAAUCAGGCAAGACCACACUCAUUGCCAAGCUUCAGGGUAAUGAAGACCCCAAGAAGGGCUCAGGGCUGGAGUAUGCCUACAUCGACGUGCGGGACGAGUACCGAGACGACCACACCCGGCUGAGUGUGUGGGUGCUUGACGGUGAGCCAGUCCACGGUGAGCUGCUGGAGUAUGCCGUGAACCCCACUAACCUGGAGCACACCCUUGUCCUCCUCACCGUUUCCAUGACCACACCCUGGGCCAUCAUGGACCAGCUACACACGUGGGCCUCCACCCUACAGGACCACAUCGACAAGCUCAACCUCGACCCCGACCACUUCAAGGAGCGCCAGGACAAGAUGUCGCGGCUCUGGCAGGACUACGUUGAGCCUGGGGAUGAGCUUGAGGCGGGCUCCCCCAUGAAGAGGUCUUCCCGCAACCUUGAGGGGGAGGACGAGCCGGUGCUGCCCCUCGCUGAGAACGUGUUGACUCGGAACCUUGGCCUUCACGUCAUUGUGGUCGUCACCAAGACGGACUACAUGUCGACGUUAGAGAAAGAUUACGACUACAAGGAGGAACACUUUGAUUUCAUUCAGCAGUCGAUACGAAAAUUCUGCCUCCAGUAUGGCGCGGCACUCUUUUAUACCUCGGUGAAGGAGGACAAGAACUGUGACCUCCUGUACAAGUAUCUAGUCCAUAAAAUCUACAACUUCCCCUUUAGGACUCCGGCGCUGGUGGUGGAGAAGGAUGCCGUGUUUAUACCAGCAGGGUGGGACAAUGAGAAGAAGAUCGCCAUCCUGUACGAGAACAUGCACACCAUGACCCCUGAAGACUACUACACCGACGUUAUAGUGCGGCCACCCGUCGUGCGCAAGGCUGUGGCGAGAGAGGUGGAAGUCCAGGCUGAGGACGAACAGGCCUUCCUGGCGAGGCAUCUCUCCCAGCUGCAGGCUGGUGGCAGUGGGGCACCUCACCCCCCUCAAGGCCGCCAGGAGUCACCGCUAAGGCAGUCCCCAGCAGUGCAGAAGACCAGCGACCGGCGGGUGUCCACCGGCGUGCCUGCCAACCAGAUAGGUUCACCGAAGAAGAUUGAGACGAAUAAGCCAGGUGGGCAGGGACCCAGUGAAGGGGUGUUAGCCAACUUCUUCAACUCACUCCUGAGCAAGAAGACCGCCACCAACAGCCCCCCACCCGGCGCCAUCAAAGCAAACGACAAGGCAGCCAUGCGGUCUGAUGCAGCGGCGGAGUUGGACCGUCUCACCCGCAACAAGAAGACCCCAGCCCCCAUCCCCUCCACGGCCGCCAGUCCCCCCCAACAACCGGCACCCGCCACCGCCACCAUCAACAACAACAACACAGAUGCUAACUCCUCGGACUGUUGACUCAGGGCGGCCGCCACAGACGGCUGAGAUUUUUCUACCGACGGGCCGCCACCGCCUCAGCUGCCACCUCCAUCUGCCAUACGCCACCACCCUAAAGUACCUAUUUAGGGGGUCUGGCUGGGCGGCGUGGGGCUAUGGGGUGUGGGGUGUCCUGGAAGAGAAAGGAGAGGAGGGGCCUGAUAUGGGUUUUUUCAUUCCUGUGCGAUAGAGAGAAAAAACGCUUCUUAUGUAUGUUUGUUCCCCCACUCAGACCUGAUGCUUGAGAGGGGAGAGAGGGAGGAGUGAGUGGGAGAGGGGGUGUUGUGUCCUCCAUCCCCACCCACUCACCACUACAACCACCAUCACCACCACUAACCCCGCCAGUCCUGUACAUUGGUUUUGUCUUUCUGUGACUUAACCAAUGACAUCUGUGUGCGUGUGUGUGUGCGUGGGGGCUGUGUGUGCGCAUAGCUAUGUUUAUGUGCCAGGAAUAGUAUUGGGGUGCGAGAAUGUAAGUGCGUAAGGGAAAGAAAGGAAAGGCAGGUAAAGGUGGGUGUCUGUCUGUAGGUCUGCUGGGGGGGACGUGAGUGGCUGUGUGCAUUGUCUGUAUCAUAUUUUCCUAUUUAUUUGUUAAUUUUAUACACACACCUGCUUCCAUGCUGUGGCUCUACCUUACUUGGCUGUACACAAUGCUUGACUGACCCAGGUGUGUGUGUGUGUGUGUGUGUGUGUGUGUGUGUGUGGAAGUCUAAGCUCUAACUUGAUUAUUAGGAAGCAUCAUAACUUUGGGUUUCAUUUAGUUAUUAUUUUUAUCAGCUUUUUGUUUUUGUGUUUUUUCAUAAUAUUUUUUCUCUAUACACGUAUCUUUCCAUCUCUUGGUUUUUUUUUCUCUCUCUCUCUCUCUCUCUCUCUCUCUCUCUCUCUCUCUCUCUCUCUCUCUCUCUCUCUCUCUCUCUCUCUCUCUCUCUCUCUCUCUCUCUCUCUCUCUCACACACACACAUACACAACCCAAGGUGUGAUGCAAACAAGGGGGCAGGUAACCUAUAUUAAUUUUUCCUUCAUUUCUUUAAUGGAAUAAUUCAUUAGUACUUACAGCUAUUUUUUUCUCUUUCCUUCGCUUUGUCUACCUUCCGAAAAGAAGAGGCAGUAUAAUUAUGUAUGUAUAGAGCAUGUUCUGCAUUUCUUAGAGAGUGCGUUGAUCAUCCUUCUUUUAUAAAUGAUUUUUGUAGUAUCGUUAUUAUUAUUACCGUCUUGUUUCUUACCCAGGUUGAGUUACGAGGAAGUUAUUAUAUAUAUAGCAAGAUAAUAGAUUAGGAUUAACCAAGGAGGUAGAGGAGAUAGAGGAGGAAGAGUAAGAAGAAUAGGAGGAGAAAGGACUGAAAGUGAUGAGGAGACAUAUUUCUCUUCCACAAAACCAGAACCACCACCACCAAUGCUUUGACCAGUGUGUGUGUGUGUGUGUGUGUGUGUGUGUGUGUGUGUGUGUGUGUGUGUGUGUGUGUGUAUGGACAGGGCACACUAAACAGACCCCACAUGAUUAUUACUGCCACCAGACACUGAUAUUUUUACUCAGUUGACAUUAAAGUUAUACAAAGAUAGGGCUGAUGUUGCUGCCCCUAUUAUUAUUAUUAUUAUUAUUAUUAUUAUUAUUAUUAUUAUUAUUAUUAUUAUACUGUAACCAGCAUUGAUGCUUCCUAGUUAGCUGGUUUUUAUUCAUUGACAUUAUCUCCUCGGGUUUUGAAUUCAUUUGUUUGAUUAUGGUGUUAGUAUGUCUUUUUGUUAAUAUUUUCGUGUUUUUGGGUAAAUAAUUUUGUUUGUGUAGGUUCUUUUAUUUAUUUAUUUGUUGUUUUGGUGGGAAAUUUACUAAGAGGAUCAAACACAGCUUAAAUCCAACUUAACAUUAUGAUCAAAGAGUUAGAUUGUACAGGAAGCAGAUAUUCUCCACUGUCCUCCCUUUAGUGGAAGCAGAUGUGAGGAGAUUAGGGUAGAGUAGGUCACCAUUUACACAGACUGACACUUGGGGAAGAAAAGGAAAGGUGAAAUUUGGUCAUUGUUGGUGCAGGAGGAAGAAGAGCAGGAGGUCAGAUUAUGUCAACAUUGAUACAUUGAUAAGAUUGAUUCAUAAGGAAGAGGAGGAUAAAAAGAGAGAUGGAUAAGGAAGAAGAGGAGAAUAGAAAGGUUAGAUUAGGUCACCAUUUAAGGAAGGAGAAAGGGAUAAAGGGUUUAUUUAGAUCAUUGGAGAUAAUUAAAAGGAAAAUAUGGAGAAAAAGCAUUGAAUCGGGUUGUUAUCAGAGUAGAGGCCAGAGAGAGAGAGAGAGAGAGAGAGAGAAAUGUGGAAAUCAGAUAAUUGUUGAAAUAGAGAAUGGGGAUGUUGAGGAAGAGGAGGAGAAGGAGAAAAGUGUAAAUCAUGUCACCACUGGUUAAAAAAAAGCAGUAGAGAAGAGGAGGAGAAGCAGAGGUUAGGUCAGGUCAGCACAGGUCACAGCCAUCUGCAGACCUGUCACAAAGAGCUGCAAGAGGUAAAUCGGUGACCCGGUAUAAGGUUAUGAAUACAGUAGAUUAUAAGGAAAUAAAAUCAGCAUUAUUUACGUACUCACACAGUCCAGAUUAACCCUAAAAGAAUGCCAAAGCUUAGCAAUGAGAACUUUAUCCCCUUGUUUAUUUUCUGUACAUAAUGAAACUAUUGUAAUUAUUUUUUGGUUUUUCUCAAGUUAACCUCUAAAUAUUCUAUCGUAAGUUUCAGCUGAUCUGUCUGUCCAUACAUUUAUCUCUGUCUGUCAGCCUAAGCAUCUCUCUAUCCGUCUGUUUAUUUUGGUAAGCUUGGGGAGGGUGAAGCCACUAACACUUUGAGGGGAAGAUCUUAUGUAUAGGUGGUGAGUGGGUGAGGCCAUUAUGAGCUAGAGGGGAGGACAGGUGCAGUUUAUGACAGCCAACAAGAGGGAGGGAAAGGUUUGAUAUUACUUUAGAAACACCUCAGAGACAUGAGAUAAAAGGCUGGGGUGAAAGAGAGAAAAGAGAAUGUGAAAGAAGAGGAAAGAAGUCUAAAAGAGUAAAGUUGUAUUAGAAAGUGUCUUGGAAGCGAGUGGAGAUUAAUUACUUUCAUAUUUGCACUUCAGAAGGAAAGAUAUGAGUGUGUGUUUAUAAGAACAAAAACUAACACAAACACACCAUUCCUUCGAACUACCACACAAACAGACGCACACACACUCACACAUCUGCUGGUCACAUUAACAAGGCAAAUAAGCUCCUCCCCCUUUCCCUAUAAGUGUAUGUCAUUGGCCAAUCCACAAGCAAGCCACACCCCCUCCCCAAUUCUGCAGGUGAUUGGUAGGUGGCAGGAAGAUGUUAGCUCCUAUUGGUGGAUGCUAGGCUGGCUUGGGCGGGGCUUAUUUGCCAGGUUAGUAUAAACAGAGUGACACUACCACUACACCACCACGGCCAUCACACCACCACCACCACAACAGCACAAGACAGCCAGAGCUUUUUUUGAGUAACACCACAAAAAAUAUAUAUAUGUAGAAGCCACUCAAUAGAAAAAUAUAUAUACAUGAAUAUGUGAAUGAAUAGUCAAAACUCACCAAGCUUGUUUUUCUAAGCUUUCACUCAGCUUUUUGGAGCAGCUAAAGUGUUGUUAAGUCAAGCUUUGUUGUUUGUGUUAUUUUUUGAAGAGUAAACAUAAAUAUACAUACCUAAAUAACAACCUUUAUAAUAUUGAAUGAUUACCUGAAGUCUUAACAAACAGGUAUAGUCACUCACCUGUGUAUUGUGAUUACUAGUGGCAGGUGUUUUAAUUCUACUCACAUUUGUAAUCACUAGGCAUGAGAGGGACAGGUGUGUGUGGGUGUUUGUGUGUGUGUGUGUGUGUGUGUAUGUGUGGAUUAUCACCUUGAAUUGCCAGGUGUAAAGUCGCCUUUGUAUUGUAAUUACCACAGUGGCAGGUGUGUGAAUUGCUUAACGAGAUAGUGAGUGACCAGGUGUGUCAAGGUAUGUAGCCUCACCUUUGUACUGUCACCUGUAUUCUCUUACUAAGGGACAGCUAUGCAUCGUCACCUUUGUCUAUAAUCAUUCAUAUAGGGCAGGUGUGUGUGAUUCAUUACCUGUGAUUAUUUAGUGUACAGGUACACUGCCUCACCUCGUUUUGUCACUUGUGAUCUAUGAUAGACAGGUGUGUGCAGUGUCUAAUUAGUAGCAGGUGUGAAAAUUUUUACCUGUACUCUGGAGGGAACAGGUGUAUGUUAUUACUAAUUACAGGUGUGAUUCAUUACCUGUAAUCAUAAUGUACAGGUAUUCUGCCUCAGCUUUGUAUUGUCACCUGUGAGCUAUGAUAGACAGGUAUAUGCAAUGUCUAAAUAGUGACAGGUGUGAGGAUUGUUACCUGUACCUUAAAGAGGGAUGUGUAUGAUGUCAUUAAUUGCAGGUGUGUGACUUGUUAAUAUAGGUGCACACUUCAGCUCGUCUUGUGCCAGGUGUCAGGUUACCUGUUUGGGUGUGGGAGUCAUCUUAGCUCCAGGUAGACAGGUGUGCAGUGAAUGUUUUGGCUACCCAGGUGUGUUGGGGGAGGAAAGGAAGAGCCUGUCACCUGCCCUUUGAUUAGGACAGGUAAACAGGUUCAUCAGGCUGCCACAUGUAAUGUAGGAGACUGAAGAGUUUACUGGAUGAUGAACGAACCAGGGAGGAAGAAAAUAAAAGAAGGAAGAUGAAGAUGAAGAUAGAAGAAAAUAAAAUGAUGGAAGGAAAAGGAGAAGAAUGGAAGACUAAAAAGCAAAGUAAGAGGAAGAUGAGGAUGGAAGAAAAAGCGAAGGAAGAGAAAGAAAAGAGAUAAGGGAAGACAAAAAAGAAAAGGAAGAAGAGGAUGAUGGAAGAAAAAAUAAGCAAGAGAAAGGAUAAUCAGUUUCUCAUUCACCACCACCACCCUCUGGUUCCAGUGGUGGACAUUAACAGUUUAACAUCCUAUUUAGUCUUGGAGGAGAAGUAUUUAUGUAUAUAGCGACAAGUACCGCCGCAGCAGCAGCAGUGAGGAGGCAACAAGCAGUAACUAAGGGAAGGGAAGGGGGGGUUGGUCCUUCGGCAGCAAUAUAUAUUAAAUUAUACUUAGUUAUCAUGAAAAGGGGUUAUUUGAUUAUUAUUAUUAUUAUUAUUAUUAUUAUUAUUAUUAUUAUUAUUAUUAUUAUUAUCAUCUGGUCUUUUGUCGAGCACUUUUAUAAUUUAUUCAUUCAUUUAUUUUUUUAAGGUAAUAAGUGGAAGUAUAUUUACCUGCCGAUAUUAAUUCUGUCGUGAGGGUAAACAUUGGAUCUUGACUUUAAAAAAUUAUAUAUAUAUAUAUAUAUAUAUAUAUAUAUAUAUAUAUAUAUAUAUAUAUAUAUAUAUAUAUAUAUAUAUAUAUAUAUAUAUAUAUAUAUAUAUAUUAUCAACAUUUUUAUUUUUCCAGUUUUUAUCAUCAUUGUGCUGAAUAUAAUGCCCCAUGCAUCAUUUUUUUGUAUUAGUCAUUGUUAUCCGGAAAAAAAAUACGAGUCAAUCAAAUCUGUUAUCGCGCCUGGUUUAGCGUCGAGGGAGAUGUUUUUUUCCUUCUUUUCUUUUGCCAUUGCAGAGAAAUAAAAAAUUGUAUAAAAAUAUGAAAAUAUGAAAUUUGUGAUAACUUC